UUAGGAAUUGAUCACAUGACGUGACUAUUAAAAUAAAAUUCGCUCGAGAUCGGGAUGAAGUUGUUUUGCUGUAUCUGCGUUGCAUUUAUUUUACAAUCCAUCAAAUCAUGCCAUGGAAUAGAUUGUGAAGGCUUGCCCAUACCUAAGUCCUACGUUGUAUAUGCCCUAAAAAAUGGUGAUGAAAUCAACAUCGACGGGAGACUCGAUGACAAUGCGUGGAAAGAAGUGACACGAUCUGAUCCAUUCAUUGACAUCCAAGGUGAAAAAUUUCCAAAGCCUAGAUUUGACACUUGGGUAAAGAUGAGAUGGGACUACAAGUUCCUUUAUAUUGGAGCAUAUUUACAAGAGACAGAUGUAUUUGCUAACCAAACAAAGCAUGACUCUGUUGUGUUUAAAGACAAUGAUUUUGAGGUAUUUACUGAUCCAGAUGGCAGUACGCACUGGUAUAAGGAAUUUGAAAUCAAUGCUAUAAAUACCACAUGGGAUCUCAUCUUGAAUAAACCCUACCUCAAUGGUGGUUUUGCAAACAGUAGCUUUGAGAUGAGUGGGCUUCAAAGUGCCAUCUUUGUUAAUGGACCAAUAAAUGAUCCUUUACAUGAAGAUAAGUACUGGACUGUGGAAUUAGCACUGCCCCUACACAGUCUUGUAACCAAUGACAGUGAAGCGAAAGCUCCCCCAAAGCAUGGAGAUCAAUGGAGAAUCAAUUUUAGCAGAGUGGAAUGGCAUGUCAAAAAUGUUGAUGGACACUAUGAAAAGGUACCUGGGCUUCCAGAAGACAACUGGGUAUGGUCUUCCCAGGACGCCAUCAACAUGCACCUUCCUGAAAGAUGGGGGUUCAUUCAAUUCAGUAGUGAUGCAGUCAACCAAACUAAAUUUGUGAGAGAUCCUCGCUGGCCUAUCUACACCAGUCUAAUAGCAGUUUACAAUGCUGAAAAGGAGUUCUUCUCCAUCCAUGGUUACUUCACAGAGGACAUCAAUCAACUAGAAAUACCGGACUACAUCAGGAAUGGGACAUGUGCUCAGCCUCCUAACAUCACUGUUAUACAGAGUUAUAAAUUCACUGCUACAGUCCAGCCAUUGACCAAAAGUCUGAAAACAGGACAUAUACGGGACGACCGCCUCAUAUGGUUCACACCAUGAGUCCCUUUGUUACACACAAAUACCACUUUUAGUUUAUUUUUUUAAGAAGACUUAGUGAGCAAUGAAUUUUGAGAAAAAUUCUUCAAAAAUCAAUGUGAAUUGUACACAGCAAUCACAAAAAUGUUUUCAUAUUGUUCAAAUAAGCUUUUCAUAACAUCUUAAAGUGUUGACUAAGUUUUUGAACAUUCUGAAAUCAAUUUGUGUUAGCUGGGAUACCAUAUAAUCAUAUUGAAGAAGAAGAAAGUUUGAUAAAAAUCCAUCAACUAAUGUAUGACAGAGUUUUACAGAGCAAAUGGAUGUUAGAAAUUUGUUAAUCUUGUGAUGCCACUUGCGAGCAACUGCCCCAUUUGUCAUGUGAUAUAUGAUUUCAGUGGUUCAUGAUGACAAAAAUUAUGUCUUGUGUUUUUUAAUAAUGCAUAUUGUAUGUUUGUAUAAUUUUUUUUAAAAAUGGCAUUUUACUGAAAUUAUAUCACAUGACAGAUGGGGGAGCUGCUGGCAUGCAAUGCCACAAAAAAAAUUAUAAAUGAAAUCAACCUUGUUGAGAGAAAGAGCUCUUUUCUGUGACAGGUAUCACAAAAUAUGGUGAUUGUCAGGAAUCGUACACCAUAUAAAUCAAAAAUAUCUAAGAAAUAUGCACCUGAUGUUACUAGUAUAGUAAAAAGUCAUGAAGACUCGGUGGAAAAAAAUUGUUUCAAAAUAUCUCAUUGAGGGUAGCUGAAUCUUCAGGGUUCACAGGGUUAAGAUAAAUUGUUAGUAUACUGUUCAUCUCUAAACAUCAGCCCCCAAAGAGGUUUUUUUUUUUCUUGCCAUAGCAUUGAAUACAAGAAACAUUUGUGGUAAAUUUGCAUGUCAAGAGAAAGUGACAAAUAAAUAAUUUUGAAUAAUUGUUAUGUGCUGUACACAUGUUUGUUCAUCACAAAUAUGUUCCCAUGGAAACAUUGUUAGGGUACUACUGAUGAUACUGAUGAUUUCUGUAGAUCAUGGGUUAGCCUAUAAUAUAGGUGGAGGCUGCAGAUUUUGUCUUUGCUGUUACGAGUCCGAUGCUGUUACUAAAAACGUCAGUAAUAAUCUGAUGUGGCUUCAAAGUAGCCACUGCCUACACACUCCUGUCUCAUGUUAGUUCUUGUUGUUUAUCGACAAGAAUUUGCCUUUUUUUUUGGUUACAAAAACUUGCCACCAGAUAAUUGUCAAUAAAAUACAAAAAGAACUAACACGAGACUGCUGUGCAUUCUCUGCCAAGAUUAUAGGCUAGUUAUGGGCUAAUGAAAGCUGCUCAAUUAUGAAAUUAUUCACAACUCAUGUUUCCUUGUUUCAACAAUGGAAUUAUUUAACAAAAAUUAAUUAAGUCUUGCUCAUCAUACCAUAUUUUAUUUCUUUAAUACUUUUUAAUAUGAAAAUUUAGUAUCAUUCUGACACAUUCCUGCCUUUUCCUGAAAAUCAAUCUAGAUUAAGUAUGCCUUUUUGGAAAUUACUUCAUUGAUGACUGAAUUAUUAUUAUUGCUUUGCAAAUAUAUGUUAAUUGAUGAAGAAGAUUUGUAUACUUUGAUAUUGUCAUGUGAUGAAUGAAACAAAAAAGGAAUCAUUACCUUCAUGUAAGAAAUUUGAUAUCAAGAUUUUUAAAGUAAAUAAAGGGUUUUUAUAGAAACUUCUUUCUCAAGAAAUUUUGAAAUAUUUGAUUCCUUUAAAUCGCAUAACUUGGGAUAAGAAAAAAUGUUAUUAAACUUAUUGCAAAUUCAGCAAAUGACAAAAAUUAUUUAUUCUGAAAAAUUACUUCUACUUCGGUUUAUCAUUUAAUAUAUUUGAUUUCUGCUUUAAUAGGCAGAGUUAUUGCACUUUUAGUCUGAUAAAAUCUUUGGCUGAGUGACGUAAGUACAACUUGGAAUGUGAUGAUUCUAUUUAUGUGGAUUCGUGUCUUUAUCAUCAAGUUAUUUGAAAAUUUUUAUUAUCUUCAGUCGAGACUAAUUUUUCUUAAUGUUACAAUUUUUUCUACCUUAAACAUGUACAUAUAAAAAAGGCACAUCAAAAUGUCUUCCAAUAGUGCAAACUAUUAUGUGUAUUUAAUCAUGAAAUAUGCAAGAGGACUGAAAAUAUACCUGUUUUGAGAAUCAAUUUUAUAUAUCCCACAGUUUCUGUUCUGAGAUAAAUGUACCGAGUUUAAUUAACCAGGUAAAUCUAGCUAGGAUGAAUAUAUAUGGACCACAUAUAUAUGUUCCACUUUUCACAGGGCACAGAUACUAAUCUCUAUCUCCCUAUUUUGUAUUUGAUGGUCCAAAGGAUAUGAACAUGAUAAAGUCUGCCACCAUACAAACAUGCAUGUAUCAUAUGUAAUCACAUGUUUAUCAUUGUCAUUAAAACCAUCAACACCAUUAUUCAUUUUCAUCAACAUCACCAUCACCAUUAUCACCAACAUCAUCAUGACAAUCAUCAUAAUCACAACCAUUGUCAUCACCCCCAACUUUCAUCAUAAUCUUAAAAAUCACCCAAUUUUUAGCAUAUCAGAUUUUCCAUUCUUCUUACUUUUUUCAUCAUAUGACUAGAAAAAAAAAACAACAACCAGAAGUAUGUCUGUACAAUACCUAUUUAAUAGUUUAUCUAAAUCUUGGAAUUAAUGCUAAUACAUCACAUUGAUACAAGAAUUACAUUGGACAAUCAAAAUCACAAUAAGUAUUUCUUAACAUUACAAUUUUAGGCAGAACAGGUGAUUAAUCUAGUUUAUUUUCCAAAUAAUUUAGUCAUUUUCAAAGCGAACUGGAUUACAUGAAACAAAAUCAGGAAUGAUGAAAUUGCUAUAAAUAAAAAGAGAAAAGAACACAACAUGGAUGCAAAGACAUAUCUACCAAUAUCAACAACAUUCACCAUCAAAGAACGCUUCUUGUGAAAUAUGUCAUUAUCAAUUAAUCAGUUAAUGGAGCUUCACACAUUAACAACUAAUUGGUUUAUUAAGCUUCCAUGAUGGUCUGAUAAUUCAAUACAAGUUUACCUUACAUUAGUGGAAAAACAUCUCAAACAAAGCUAAAAAUAACAUAAUUCCAGAUAGUGACCUUGAUGCUUUUAAUAGAGAUAGGAGAAAUAAUUAUGGAGGGAAUAGCCUAUCAAGGUACAAUCUCAAUUAUGCAUUAUGACUCGCAUCCAUAUUUCAAAAACGUUCUGCUUCUUGUACUAUCUUAUACAUAAUACUUUAUCAAAAACAUUUGUCUGUUAGAUGAUAUAAAAAAUGAAUGCAGUUUCAGUAAACAUAAUAUUGUCAGAGUUGUAACAAGUCACAGUCAAAAUGCCUUGCAUCACUCGAGUUCCUGUACAAGGUUCAAUGGACCUCAACAUUGAUUGUGACUCGAGUUGUCAUUGUGACAUCAAUCUGAUGCUUGACACAUGACAACAUUUCUAAUAAUUUAUGAAAUACACAUAUAAAUAUAUAUUUUAACAUCUUAAAAUGUAUCCAAUUCACAGGAAUCUAGAUUAUCACAUGUAUGUUGAAUAUCAUCAAAUCGUCAUGGCAAUGACGAAAUACUUUAUUCCUGUUCUUUUGAAAUGCAAUAACUGCUUUGUUCUCUCUCUCUCCCUUCCUCCAUCUCUCUUAAUACAACAAAGAAGCAACACUACUGCCAGUCAUUGACCUUUGUCCUCGUCAGUACACAACUUUUUUAAUUGUUACUGAUCAUCAAAAGCAGGAUGAUUUCUCAUCCUAUUAAAUUCAGAGAGCUAAAGAAGGCACACAUGUUCAAAUUGAUAUUGGCUCUGCUUAUAAUGAAAUUAUCAUAUGACUAUCUGUGAUGAUUUUCACAUCUGGGGAUAUCAUGUGGGUAGCAUUGGCAGUCAUGUUGAAGUUAGAGACAACAAAAAUAGCAGGGAAAUUGAUUAUCUUUAUUGUUUCUGGAGAUGCAAGGAUAUUACUAGGGGAAUCUAAUAAUAACAAAAGCGUAGAAAUUGAAUAGUCAACAGAAAAUUAAAGAGAUACAAAUAAAGUAAGAAAGAAGGAAAGGUGAAAGAGAAAAAUAUUGAGUGUUGGGAAAAGAGAGAGAAAAUAGGGUGGGUGGGUAGUUAGAUAAGAGGAGGAGUGAGAUGGAACAUGGGUAAGAGAAUUCUUGUCCUAUUUUCCUUAUAUUCAAUGAAUUAAAAUUGAAAAAUGAAUGAAGGUAUAUAGACAAGACAGACUUGUGAUUCAUUGACCACAAAAUUAGAAAAUAAUCUUAAACUUUAAUAUCUUAAACUUUAAUAACUUUGAUAAUUAUUCUCUGCUUGUGCGUCAUAUUCACUCAAGAAUAGAAAUAAAGACAGUACAUGCAAAAACUUCACCUGAGCUGCAAAAUAAUAGCUCAAUACUAGCAAUAUGAUAUAUACAUAGUUAUAAAUCUCUUUGACAUUGGGUUAUACACAAGUCAUAGUACACUGAAUUUACGGCAUUGGGCAAGCCAAUAGACCCCCAUUAAUGCAAUACUUUGGGAAAAUUCAAGCAAAAACAUCUCUUAAUAGGCAAGACAUUUUUUUGCUUUCAGAAUAAGGGUAACUGCCGAUUAUCUAUAAGCUGUAAAGCCAUGAAUGCUUCCAGAGGAAAGAUAUCAACACCAAUUAGAUCAUCUCACAGAUUCCAGUCCAUUGGAGAAUAUGGCAAUCUACCUCUGUUAUUGUACAACUAAAUUCAAGGGAGAAUCAAACUCAAAGUAUUUUGUUUAAACAAAAGAAGAAAUUUAGAGGAUGGGGCAAUACAAAAAUUCUCCUGAUGAAAAAUAGGAAACAUGUGGUGAAUUAUUGAAAAUGCAAUGAAUUGAAUAGAAAUUGACAAAGUUGACCAAGUCUGUGAGAUAUGAUUUCAUUUUCUUGUUAAAAAAAAAAUGUUUUUUUUAAAGCAAUUGCUCAAAUUUCAAUUCCUUUCAUUCAUGGGGCAUAUAUGAUGGGGGAGUAAACUAAUGGGAAAUUAAAAAUUUCUAGAAUUUUUUUUCCUGUAUUACUAGAGGCAAAUGGAGGAUAAGCUUGAAUGUACAUCACAACUUUCCUAUUUGCUUGACUGAUCAAUUAAAAAUCACAACUUUCCUAACAUUGAA